AAUCGACUUCUCGUGAAUUACACACUGGCGGUCGCUCAAAAAGUAAAUAAAGCAAAAUUCCCCUAAAGAUACAGGCCAGUAAGCUACAAAUGUGAAGCUACAUCGACAAGUAUCUGAAGCUCAAAUACUCACCAAACGUCAAACAACAACAUAAAUAAAGCAAAAUAAAUUGUCGAUGUUCUGAAUGUGAAAACUUUAUUAAAAGAGCUAGCUUGUCGUGCAAGUCAAAUUUACCUUCGUUGCAAUUUGUUCAUUCGUUCAAAAUGACUGUGGAUGUGGAGAAAAUUGCGGUUGGAGGAUUAUGUAAAGAAGGAGGAUGCAUGAACUACUGUCGACCUCAGCUGAUUGAUUUUGGAAGGAGAGCAGCAAUAGUUUGUGGGAAGGACAUUAGGAUCAUUGAUGUUGCAGCAGGUAUAACUGACUAUGUCUUCGCUCAUCAUAGAAGCAAAGUUGUUGGUCUUGCCUCCCACUUAGGUUCUCUGUACAGCUGUGAUGACAAAAGCAGAAUUAUUGUGUGGGAUAUCGAUGGCAGAAAUGUCACUAUUAAAAAGAAUUUGCAUUUCCCAGUGCCAGCUUUAGGCGUGGUGGAGCAGCUGGCGCAUGUGUACAAGAAUGGCUCUGUUGCUGCGGUCAUUUGCUUCCCUUCAGGCGAACGUCAACUUAUGAUGACAGACCUGGAGAAUAAAUUUGAACAAAGAGACGUGCUAAUUAAUAAUAUAAGUCCAGGAGCAAAUUCAUUCUCAUUCAGCAAAGAAAGGGACUUUUGCGUUGGUAUAACCUACCAAGGAAAGUUCUCUGCUUUUGAAGUCGUACCUACCGACAGAGCCAAUGUGCAGAACAAAUCCCUCCUCCGGGAACAUGAGCGCAAGAGACGGUUUCUAGCGCAGAAGCGGACAUUUACAUGUGUAGCAGCUCAUCCUUCCGAGAAAACAGUAGCAGCUGGUGAUAAUUAUGGUGGCGUGGAAGUUUAUUACAAUAUCUUCGACUCACACUACCGCACAAGCCGAAGACUUCAUCUGCAUGGGCUUGCUGCAUCAGACAUAGCCUUCUCCAUUGAUGGAUCGGAGUUAUACAGCUGCAGUCUGCAGGGCGUGCUGAUGCGCUGGUCUCUGCGGCAAGGCAACCUCCGUCAGAAGCAGCCACUGCCGCAGCUCAACGCCCCCAUGACCCUCCUCAGCAUCGAGGGCGCGUCGCUCCUAGCCACCCACACCGACAACAGUUUCAGUCUGGUAGACCUGGUGGAAUACAAGCUUAAGAACCUGUUUUUCGGACUGGGCGUGUCUCUGUCGGUGCGUGAACAGAUCUCCAGUCCAGGACAGCUGGCCUUAGGAACUGCGCGGGAUUUGAAGCCAGACUCCGUCAUCUUAUCCUACGACCCGAGGACUCAAGCUGUCGUCACCAAGUCUAGACCUGGGCACCUUCAUUUCUAUAGCAGCGAGACGAAGCAACAGCUGUUUAUGGUGGACGUCGUUAGUGAGAAUUUCCGGAUGGACGCCGUGACUUACCGUGACGUCACACACGUCACUCCUGCUCUUGAACUCGCAUAUGAACUUUAG